UCUGUUUGUUUACUGCAUAUGAAGCAUCCAAAAAAUGCUAUGCAAAUGUUAUUUUACUACCAGUGUGACUGUGAAACCUGUAAAAAAACGCUCAUGUUGGUAAACAGUGUUGAAAAGUCUGCAUUGUAAUAACAUGUAUCUGCAAUCCCUUCUCUCUUGCAGCCACACACACACACACACACACACACACACACACACACACACAGAAGGAGUGGGCCAUAGAUGGGUGGAACUGGAAACAUAGGCAGCUCUUUCAUGAGAUCAGCCUCUACCUGUGCAAUAAAGAGGCAACUGUGCUAGGAAUAAACCGAGGAUGGCAACACACACACACACACACACACACGCAGACAAGCUUGUUUUUGUCAUUUCGGCCUGGUGGCAUUCAGAGGAGGGGGGAAAAAAAUGAGAUGAUUAGCGUUUGUCAUGUGGAGCUUUGACACAAUUUCAACUUGAUGGAGUUAAAAUUCUGUCAUAAAACACUAAACGUUGGAAAUUCAAAAAAACAUCAAACAUUAUAUUGUAAUAAUCAAAUAAUCAAAUAAUCCAAAAUAAAUACAAACUGAAAAAACCUGCAAGCCUGAGCUGGCCAAAAGGUUAUAUACAUAUAUAAAUAUGAAUAUGCAUACCAAAUACACAAACAUAAAAAUUCACUCACUGGCCCCAGUCUAAUCCAGUAUUAGAGAGUAACAGUCAAAGUUUUGGGCACACUUUUCAUUAACUAGCAUGAGCAACUGUGCCCAAACCUUUGACAGGUACUGAAAAUGUGUUGAUGACUUCAUUUAAAUGAUGUAUUUUUAAUUAUUGUUGUUAAUUCUAAGGCUUUUAAAUAUAUUUUUUUCAUUUUAGGAGCUUCAACUGCCUGUUGGUGAUAUCCAGACCUGAUAUGUGACACUCUAUGAAGACGUCGCCUGUGUAAAAAUGGCUAAAUAAAAGGAGUGACAUCUCGUAUACUACAUAAAUACAUACAACAGGGGCUAUGGAUGACUUCUCGUGUUGUUUCACGUGACAUUAACUCAGUCAUCUUAUGAUUUGAAGAUGUUUAAAAGAUGGCUUCUGGCCCUGCUUGCCCGGGUUGGCCUGGUGGUGCUGGGCUUCUGCUGUUGUGUGGCUUUGCUCUACCUCCUGGCCUGUAGGCCUGCAUCCAGAGACCUCCAGGAGAACCCCAUGUGGUCCUCAGGCACCACCAGCAAGGAGGGGUACAUGGCGCUGCUGCAGGAGAGGGAGGACUCCCAUAAGCAUUACAUUGACAGCCUGACCAAGCAGAUAGCGCAGCUCAAGGAGGCUCUCCAGGAGAGGACGCUGCAGCUGCAUGAGUCUCUGGAGAAAGCCAAAAGCAAUGGGAUUCUGCCUCUUGGUUUGGAAAGUCUGCACAAAACGCCCACAGAGUCUGACCUGAAGGAGUUCUUCCGCUCACAGUUGAAGCAGGCCGAGGUCAACGCAGGCAUGGCGCUACCCAGCGAGUACGCUGUGGUUCCUUUUGACACUUUCACCCUGCGCAGGGUGUUCCAGCUGGAGACCGGCCUGACCAGACACCCCGAGGAGAGACCCGUGAGGAAGGACCGCAGGGACGAGCUGACAGGAGCAGUGGAGACGGCUCUGCAUGUCCUCAAUGGACCUCAGCAGCAUGUGGACAACAGCAGGAGGAAGCACACCUUCUCCCCAUCAGACUUCAUAGAGGGGCUGACUCGCACCGAGCGUGACAGGGGUACCGUUUACGAGCUGACGUUCAAAGGCGACGGUCCACGGGACUUCACCAGCAUGGUCCUCUUCAGGCCUUUCGGUCCUGUGGUGAAGGUAAAGAGUGAGAGGGUGGACACGCGGAACAUGCUCAUCAAUAUCAUCGUACCACUUUCCAAGAGGGCCGACGCUUUCCGAGAGUUCAUCCGCAACUUCAGAGAAGUGUGCGUCCAUCAGGGUGGGAAGGUCCAUCUGACAGUGGUCUACUUUGGGCGGGAUCAGAUUGACCAGGUGAAAGCCGCGCUAGAUCAAACCACCAGGGAGACUCGCUUCAGGAGCUUCACGCUCAUCCAGCUUAAUGAGGAAUUCUCACGUGGGCGGGGCUUAGAAGUGGGCGCCAGGGCUUGGAGGCGGAGCCAGAACGUGCUGCUCUUUUUCUGCGACGUUGACAUCCACUUCACGGCAGACUUCUUGACUUCCUGUCGUCUCAAUGCAGAACCUGGUAAAAAGGUGUACUACCCAGUCCUCUUCAGCCAGUACAACCCAUCCAUCAUCUACAGUAAUUACACUCACCUGCCAUCCAUUCAACAACAACUAGUGAUAAGAAAAGAAACAGGUUUCUGGAGAGAUUUUGGUUUUGGGAUGACGUGCCAGUACCGGUCGGAUUUCCUCAACAUAGGCGGUUUUGACCGUAGCAUUAAAGGCUGGGGUCUGGAGGAUGUGCACCUAUACCGGAAGUACCUUCACAGCAAGCUGAUGGUAAUCCGCUCGCCAUCGCGUGGUCUUUUCCACCUGUGGCACGAGAAGACGUGUGGCGACGACCUGCCUCCGGACAAGUACCAGAUGUGUAUGCGGACCAAAGCCAUGAGCGAGGCCUCGCACGGCCAGCUGGGGGAACUCAUCUUCAAACAGGAGAUAGAAGCCCACCUAAAGAAGAGCAGAAGUUCAUGAAGUGCAUGU